AUGGUAGCCCUCAAAGAUCAACUCAGAAGUAUGAUGGAUCCUGCUGCUUUUCAGAAGAUGAAAUACACCAUCUCAACAGGUUAUGAUUUGCUUCUGCCCCCCACAACUCGAAUGAACUGGUGUAAGGAAGUUUGGUCAAGACUCAACAUUCCCAAACAUAAUGUUAUAGCUUGGUUGGCCAUGCUUAAUAGGUUGAAAACACUGGACAGACUGUUGCGGUUUGGUGUUCAGGUUACUAGUGUGUGUUGUUUGUGCAAUCUACAGAUGGAAACAUGCCAGCACUUAUUCUUUGAAUGCUCAGUUGCUGGCCAGUGUUUGCUGGAAGUGAUGAAAUGGCUGGGAUGGCACGCCAAAACCAGCAAUCUCCAGCAGCUCCUCAGGUUGAUUGGGAGAUCCAAGCUGUCAAAGUUUAAGAAAGAUACUCUUGCUGCUGCUACAAUAGGUCUGGUGUACAGCCUAUGGAGAACUCGAAAUGAUGUAAUUUGGCAAAAAUCAAGUGUUAACCCGUAUCGAAUAAUAGAAGAAACAAAGUGGACAAUCAAGUCUUAG